AUGAGUAGUCAGGCACACAGCCCUGGUCUCAUCUCCCUUCUCCACCCUCCUUCACCUCAUUCACAGCCACCUCCCGCGUCUCUCACUUGCCAGACACCCCGCGCCUCACCUAGAAUCCCCCUCUCCAGCCUUCAUCUCAUGCGGCUCCCGUCCCCCCUCCACCGUUGUCGCACCACUCGAGUACCCCAUUCCUUAGCUCAUCUCCACCAGCCACCUUCAUCCCCAUUUCCUCACCUUCUCACUCAUCCCCUCGCGCCUCCAUCUUCUCCUCCACCGCAACCCCACAGAAAAUCACCACACUCGACCUUAACCAGCCUUCACUCACCCACUCUCCUUCUCAUCUCCUUGCUCCCAGUCCACUUUCUCCUUAACCUUCACUCCCCCUCUCACCUCGCGACCGGUCACCCUUCACUUCCUCUUCACCCCAGCAUCUCCAACAACCUCAGCCAAACCACCACAUUUUCACCUUCAACCUGUAGCCAACCACCAUCCUUGCGCCUCCACCGCGACCGCCCAUCUGUCCACCAUGAGCUAUCUCACCUCACCCCCGCAUUUUCACCUCCUCACAUUCGAACCACCACUCUCCCUGUCACAGUCGAACCUAUAGUCUAA